CACCCCAACUUGUGGCCAAUUGUCGGGAGACAGUAUAUAUAACUCGGGUAAGUUAUAGUUCACGUCGAAUAACUUUCCACUCUAAAGCAGAACAUCGCCCUUUUCUUUGAAGGUUUUAUUUUUUUUUUUGCAAUACUUUUUAUUAUUUUUGGAUUUGAAACGAACGGAGAAGAAAAAGAAAGAGAGGAUGUUUCGUUGCGUGAUGAUAGUACUGGCUGCUGCCAGCUGCAGCCGGGCACUAUACGACCCCAACUGCAAUGGAAAACAGGCAAUCGUUCAGCUGUUCGAAUGGAAGUGGACCGAUAUUGCGGCCGAAUGCGAGAGAUUCCUAGCAGCCAACGGAUUUUGCGGUGUUCAAAUUUCUCCAGCAGCGGAACAUAUCGUUCUUGCCGACUUGGCGUGGCCGUGGUGGCAACGCUAUCAACCCGUCAGUUAUCAGCUUAACGGUCGGUCAGGAACAGAAGCCCAGUUUAUCGACAUGGUACAACGUUGUAACCGAGUCGGAGUAAGGAUCUAUGUGGACGCUGUAAUCAAUCACAUGACAGGAGCCAACCAGACGGGAGUCGGCCAUGCUGGUUCAACGUUCAAUACGAUGGGAAGCGUCCGCGAUUUCCCGGCUGUCCCUUACACGGCAGAGAACUUCACGCCUCGAGAACUUUGCCCUUCAGCUACUGGUAACGUGGACAACUACGACGAUCGCAAUAACGCCUACAAUUGCUACCUCUACGGACUGGUGGAUUUGUACCAUAGAUCCGACUACGUCCGUCAGACGAUCGCCAACUAUUUGAACAGAAUGGUCGAUAUCGGUGUGGCCGGCUUCCUAAUCGAUACGGCGAAGAACGUCUGGCCGGAGGAUAUUGCAGCCAUCGCGUCGCUACUUCACGAUCUACCGACGGAUCAGGGAUUCAGCAAGAACGCACGGCCAUACAUUUUUCAAACGGUUGUUGAAUUCAACGAAUUUGACAUCAAAGUGGGCGAUUACUACAGCACAGGUAUGGUGACGGAAUUCCGCUAUCCGGCCAAAAUCACCUACGGAAUAAACAGUUACGAGCAGCUGCGCAACUUGGUUGAUUACAGUUGGGGAAUGUCCAUACCGGAGAGAGCCGUCGUCUUCGUCGACAACCACGACCUCCAACGUGAUUCUAAUAUAGGACCUGGUGAUGUCACCACGUUCAAGACGCCAGCCCAGUACAAACAGGCGGUAGCGUACACUCUAGCCCAGGAUUAUGGUUUCGUUCGUUUAAUGAGCAGCUAUUACUUUGAAUUCGCCGACCAGGCGCCGCCUAAUGACGGCACUUACAACACGCUGGAUGUCAUUAUCAAUCCGGAUGGAAGCUGCGCCAACGGCUGGGUAUGCGAGCAUCGUUGGAACAUCAUCAAACGGAUGAUCCGAUUCCGUAACGCGGUCGUAGGUACGGCCAUGGAAAACUACUGGAACAACGGCGUGGCUGUGGCGUUCUCCCGUGGCGCUAAAGGCUUCUUCGCCAUGGCUCAAAGCGGUUAUCUACAGAAGAACUUGCAAACUGGUUUACCGCAGGGCAUCUAUUGUAACAUUAUCGAUGAUUGCAACACUUCCAUCCAGGUUCUGGCUGAUGGCACAGCUGAUAUCUCUAUUGCCAAUCCAGACGAACCUGUCGUAGCCUUUCUUGUCCAAUAAACCUCGCAACGAUGAAACGAAACAAGGCUUUUCAAAACUGCUAUUCGAUUAUAUCCCACAGCCUUUCCCCUUUUUAAAAAAAUAUUUCUUGUCCAAUA